CCGUGUAGCGCCCCUUCCUCGCCGCUCCGCAGCGACCUGGUCCGCACUGGAACCCAGCCCCCCCCGACCCCUGCAGUCAGUUGCCGCCGCGAGCCCGUUCCCCGUCCGGGUAGUCUCCGCCGAGGCGUGGGGAAUGGCGUGGGCACAGGGGUCUGCUCAUAUGGAUGCUGUUGGAGGAAUGAGACCUUGGAUUGUUACUUUCCAAGGCAGAGUGGGCGCUAUUGAUAUAUACUGGAAGCCUACGGAUUGAUGGCUCGGGGCACUCAGUGGAUUGCAGCAAGACAGAGUCACCACAAACAUGCAUCUGACUUCCAUGAUAAAUAUGGCAACGUUAUACUACUUGGUGGAGCCCUAUUUUGUGCCUCCAUUUGGGGAUAUGUGGCAACACAAACUGGAAUUGAGUGGAAUUUAUCACCUGUUGGCAAAGUUACCCCAAAAGAAUGGAGAGAGAAAUAGCCUUUCCUUAUUCUGGACUGAAAUGUGCAGUAAUCCUGAACUGGUCUGAAACUUUCAUUUAUGCCAUACAUGUAAUGGCAUCUGUUCACUGAUUAUUGCUAUCUGUGAUGUGGCAUUACUGGUUUAAUAAAUAUAUUUAAAAAUU